CGACAUGUUCUCCAGUGCACGACAUGCUGCGCUCCGAACCCUGCCAGCAGCAAGACGGCGACUGGCGACAACAGCGGGCGCGGCGGGGAGCAGUGCAACCGAAGGCGAAAUUUAUUCAGUCAUAGACUCAAUAGCAGGCUUCAACGCUGCAUCAAGUCUAUCUUCGCCACCAUCCGCAGCUCGACAUCCUGCCUCGACGCAGCCCGCUGUCAUCAACAUCCCGCCGGCAGAGGACCCACUGCUGCACUACCUCACAUCCUGUCUCCAGAGCUACGGACACCGCCAAAAGGCCGCACGCAUCACUGCGCGCACGCUCCUCCACAUUCAUACGCUCACGCGUGCACCGCCCCUGCCGAUCCUACGCAAGGCGAUCGAAAACAUUGCGCCGGCGGUGCGCUGCAUCAGCAACAAGCAUGCCGGGAAGACGGUCGUGUACCCCAUAGCACUGAGCGAGAAGCAGCGGACACGAAUCGCGAUAGAGUGGAUCCUCAAAGCAUGCGACUCGCGGGCCGGGAAGGACGUGGAGGAGCGGCUCGCGAAGGAGCUCGUCGCAAUCGUGGAAGCGAUGGGCAAGCCGGGUGUAAAACUGGACGAGGUCAGUGCGGCAUACAAGAAGAAGGAGGAGGUGCACAAGUAUGCGAUGAUGAACAGAGGAAAUGCCCUACGGUCUGCAUGACCCUAGUUGUCUCUGUUCUAAAUGUGUUUGCAUAGCGUCAUCUGUCUUUUGCUAUUAUCUUGUGCGUUCUCAUCUCGAACCUCCGACGAGAACCGGCUUCGAGACAGAA